AUGGCCAGGCGGGACGACGACUCUGCUUACACGAAUGGAUCGGUGUCGGUGAACGAUUUCUCCGUGGAGGAUGGGAGGAAGGAGAAGGAUGUGUCUGCUGAUUACCACCCUGACCAGGACAUGGUCUGUGGCUUCCCCGUCUCUGUUUCUUUUCUUCAGAUGCUCCUCGCCGAGUUAUUCUCCACAUUCUUCUUGCUGUUCGCCGGCAUGGGCGCCAUCGUGGUGAACGAGGAGAAGCAGGGCGCGGUCACGUUCCCGGGCAUCACCGUGGUGUGGGGGAUGGCCGUCAUGGUCAUGGUCUACACCGUCGGCCACAUCUCCGGCGCCCACAUGAACCCCGCCGUCACGGUCGGCUUCGCCAUCGCCCACCGGUUCCCCUGGAAGCGGGUGCCGGCUUACAUGGUGGUGCAGAUGGUGGCCGCGCUGAUCGCGAGCUUUCUGCUGCGGCUGCUGUUCGGCGAGAAGCACGAGUUCGCGCCGGUGACGCUGCCCACGGGCUCCAACCUCCAGUCGCUCGUGGUGGAGUUCAUCACCACUUUCUACCUCGUCUUCGUCAUCAUGGCCGUGGCUACAGACGACCGAGCGUCGGGGCAGAUGGCUGGGCUGGCUGUGGGCGCAACCAUCAUGCUUAACGCGCUAUUCUCUGGGCCGGUGACGGGAGCAUCGAUGAACCCGGCGAGGAGCAUCGGGCCAGCGCUGGUGUCGGGCAAGUUCAAGUCGCUCUGGGUGUACGUCCUCGGGCCGUUCGCCGGCGGGGCGGCCGGAGCUUGGGCUUACGGUCUCGUCCGCCACACCAGCAAGCCGCUGCGCGAGAUCACCAAGAGCACCGGCCGGGCUUAA